AACUUCACCCUCUAACAAUUACCAGGAAGAGACUUACUUGUUAUUUCUCCUUUCUGUCAUACUGACUUUGUCUCGACAAAAGAAAAAAAAUCGAUUUAAAAACAAAUAGAAACACUUUCAAGGAUUUUUUGAAAGUUUACUUCUGAACAGAUAGCAGAUCUUCGUGAUUCUUGUGGUUAUUCGUUUUUGAAGCCUUCAUUCAGAAAGUGAAUAUAAAUUUUGGAUUGCUGGAGCUCAAACAGGUAUAAUGGAUUCAAUAUCUGAAGAUGAAGUUUCUUGUCCCGUGUGUCAUGAAGUCUUCAAGGAUCCCGUUCUUUUAUCAUGUAGUCACAGUGUCUGUAAGGAGUGUCUUCAAAAGUGCUGGAGGACCAAGAAAACCCAAGAGUGUCCUGUCUGCAGAAGAAGAUCCUCAAAUGAUCCUCCAACUAACCUUGUGUUAAAAACCUUUUGUGAGUUGUUCCUGAAAGAGAAAAAUGAGAGGCGUUCAUCAGGGUCUGAGGAGCUCUGCAGUUUACACGGUGAAAAACUCAAACUCUUCUGUCUGGAGGACAAACAGCCUGUGUGUUUAGUGUGCAGAGAUUCACAACAACACGACAAUCACAAAUUCAGACCCAUCAGUGAAGUGGUUUUACCAUACAAGAAGGAGCUCAAUACAGCAUUGAAAUUAUUUCAGGAGACACUUAAACAGAGAGAAAAGAUUAAAAGAGAGUUCGAGAAAAAUGUUCAACACAUCAAGUCUCAAGCUGAUCACACAGAGCGUCAAAUUAAACAGCAGUUUGAGAAGCUUCAUCAGUUUCUCAGAGAUGAAGAAGCAGCUACAAUCACUGCACUGAGGGAGGAAGAGGAGCAGAAGAAGCAGAUGAUGAAGGAGAAGCUGGAGGAGAUGAAGAGACAAAUCUCAGCUUUUUCACAGGGAAACAAAGACAUGGAGGAGAUGAUGAAAGCCAAUGACGUCUGCUUUCUGAAGAAGUUUCCAGUCACAAUGGAAAGACUUCAGAGCUCAGAGCUGGAUCCACAGAUGGCUUCUGGAGCUUUGAUUCAUGUGCCAAGUUACUUGGGCAACCUGCAGUUCAGAGUCUGGAAGAAGAUGCAGGACAUCGUCCAAAACACUCCUGUGAUUCUGGAUCCAAACACUGCGAAUCCAUCUCUUGCCCUGUAUGAUGAUCUGACCGGUGUGAGAUUCAGCGGGAACAAACAGCCGGUUCCUGAUAAUCCAGAGAGAUUUGACCAGUGUCCCUGUGUUAUGGGUUCAGAGGGUUUUAACUCAGGAACACACUGCUGGGAUGUGGAGGUUAAAGAGAGUUCAGCCUGGAGUCUUGGAGUAACUACAGCAUCAAACCAGAGGAAGGGAAGUGAUUUCUUCAACACUGAUGUCUGGUGUGUGCAUUACGAUCAAUACAGACAGUUUCUAUCAUCUGGUAUCCGUGUUAAACAGAAGCUUGAGCGUGUGAGAGUUGAUCUGGACUAUGACAAAGGAAAGGUGUCAUUCUCUGAUCCUGUAUCUAACAUACAUCUAUACACAUUCAAAACCACCUUCACUGACACACUCUUUCCAUUCUUCUGGUGUUAUAAUUCUUCCUCUCUGAGGAUCUUACCAUCCAGUCAGUAAAUGUUACUGUAGGUCUGGAGUGUAUUCCAGACAGGUUAGUUUAGGCAACCAGGGUAAAUGGAUAACCUCAACUUUUCAGCUCCAAAAAGUGAAGUAACUUUCAGGGUGUGAAAGUAGCCAUACCAAGUUAUUCUCUGAACAUAACCUGCGCUGCAAUUAAACACACUCCAAUCUCAAUUAAACACACCUGAAACAGCUAAUCAAGGUCUAAUUAGGCAUACUAGAAACUACCAAGCAGGGGUGCGUUCCCCAAAAGCAUCGUUAGCCAACAAACAUCGCAAGUUCCGUCGUUACUUACAUAGUUCAACGAUUUGGUAUUUCCCGAAACCAUCGUUCAAACGAACAUUCGCAAACUGCAUCGCAAACUUGUGUGGUUGGAACGACAGCUCUCGAGCUGUGGUUAGAAGCAUAGUUUCUUGUUUUUAUGACAUGGACUUAAUAAAUCAUUAUCUUGAGUAAAAUAAGGAAGCUGACAUUAAGUACAAUGUAUACCUUUUAUUUCGAAUAUAUACAAAUGCCAUUUAUAUAUUUUAGUUUGUCAAGAGAUUUAAAGCACCGUUUUUGAAGAGUGCGCAUGUGCGUACAUGCUCUAGUACGUAAGAACAAGCAUUUGAUUCAAUCUGAAAAAUAAAGCAAAAUAACUGAGGAAAAUGAGAAUUAGUUCUCUAAUGCCAUGUCCGUAAUUUAUAGCAGAAAAUCAAGCAUUAAUUCGAUCUUAAACGGAUUCAUUUAAAGAAGUUAUUACUCCACCACCUGCGUGACGUCAUUCACCAACGUGGUUGAAUGACAGGUUUGCGACAAUACGUUUUCGGGAAACAGUCGUGACUUGCUAGUUGAUUUGUUCAACGAUGCAUCGUACUAUGGUAGUUCAGCAGCGAGUUACAUCGUUGUUCGGGAAACGCACCCCAGGUGUGUUGAGGCAAGUUGGAGCUAAACUCUGCAGGACGGUGGCCCUCCAGGACCGAGUCUGGAGACCCCUGCUCUUGAGUAUGGACACAAAUUCUGAGGAGAGUUAAUUUAACACUGGGGUUUUUGCUGUGAGUCACUGAAUAUUGAGUAUCUGCCAAUACAGAGUCCUGAUGCAAUACUUGUAUUUUCCUAGUGCUUGGUACACACUUCAAGUACAUUAAAGUUAUUACAAGCAGUCCAAUGUAUAUGGGGACGAGUUCCUCAUGCACUGUAAAAAGUGAACAUGCAGUUGUUGCUUUAAAGAGUUAUUUCUAGCUGAUUCUACAUAUAAAAUCUGAUUUUGCUGUUGUAAUCUAAUUCAAUCAGGUUUAUUUAACAUAAACAAGGGAAAACUGUUUUAACUUUUUGAGUUAAAUUGACCCAAAAUACAAUUUCCAAUAAAGCUCAGGACGAAAACAUUCGACACAUGCACACUAUGACUGCGCUCAUGGUGGUCUUUAGUUGAGCUCUUGACCCUUAACUUUUUAACUUGAGUUUGUUUUUGUUUUUUUGUCUGUUUGUUUUUUGCCUGCUUUAACUAUGUGUUCUAAUCUCUGAUCAUCAAAAAAAAAAAAAAAAAAAAAACAUGGUUUGACUAAUGUAUCAAAUUUAAAUAUACUAGAGUAAAUUAAUUUGACCUAAACCAAAUUGUAUUGACCCAACCAAACUGAUUUCUUUUGAAUGAGCUAAAUUAAAUUGUGUAAAAAUCUCUUCAAUUAAUUUAACUAAGGGUACUGAAUUAAUUUUUUGAGUGCAUUUACAUCAAGGUGGAAAAGGGCUUGCUGGAGAAAUCAGGUUAUAUUUACUUACAAUUAUGCUUUAGUAAAACCUUGUAUUUUCAGGUUGGUUUAAUUCAGUUAUAAUCAGUAAUCUUCAAUAAUUUUCUUCAUUUCAACAAAACCAGCUAAACCAGUAAAUCUACAAACACUGUAAAAACGUAAAAAACAGUCAAUGACUGGCAGCAGCUGCUGCCCAACAAAAAAUGAAAAAUGAAAGUAAAAUAUCCUAAUUUAAAUAAAGUACAACAAUCUUUAACAGAAAUUUACCUUAAAAUUGACCUAACCCUAACCCUCUCUUGCAGUUAACUACAUGGAUGAAUUAAUGUAACUAUAUAUUACUUCAUCAACAACUACACAGUUAAAGCAACCAAGAAAAACUGAUGAAAUAAAGGGUCAAGAGCCCAGCUAAAGCAAACACUGAUCGCCAUAAUGGUGACUUCAAACUUUGUGCUUUUCAAUAAAACAGCAUCAUCUAAACCUAUGUUAAUUCUCAAUAAAAAAUGUUGUAUGAAAGAAAUCAAGUAAUCUGGAUAGUAAUAGGUGAAAAUGCUGAGAUCUAGAGAGAUCUGUUAGUGUUUAAUGUUCUGUUGCUGCCAGUCAUUUGACUUUUGUUUUUUACAUUGAAGGUAUUUGAUCAUAAUAAUUCAGAGAAUAGCUGUAAAA